AUGGAAAAGAAUAAUGAUAAAAUUCAUUUGGAGAAGAGAACUUUGGAAGAAAAACUGAAGGAUUUGAAAGAAAAGAAGAGUGGCCAAAAGGGUAAUGUAGCUUUUGGUUCAGGAAAAGGAAAUGUGAAUAUUGUGUCUGAAAAGGAAGAUGAAUUGAAUACAAAAUUGACAAAGGAACAAAAAGCUGAACAAGCGAAACGUGAUGGAUUGUUGCAUGAGCUCAAUUCUAUUAAUGCGAAGAUUAAUGCUUAG